AUGAGGAGAAUAAACCACUUUUUUUGUAAAACUAAAGCUUCAAAAGAUGUAGGCUCGGAUCUCGAACGCAGAUCACGUGACGCUGAAGGGUCGCACGUUAUCGACGCCGAAGAGGCUCCCUUGGACGCCACGAAUAAGCCUCGGACGGAUGGAGGCGUGGAGGCCGUGGCACCGUCUGCGUCUCCGGGCUGGGACGUUUCGACGAUCGCCGCGCCCUUCCGUGGCAUCGAAGGCCUGAGGCGCAGAGCGAGGGCGCAGGCCUGUGUCGAUGCGGGUAUUCGACUGCUCGACCUCGGGCCUCUCCUGGAAGCCCGGAUGCCGAGGCUGGGCGAAGGGCUGUUCGCCGAGGUGUUCGCCACGCGCUGCCCGGGCCUCCCGCCCUUGUGCGUCAAGAGCUUCAAGGACCAUUUCACGAUCGCCCCCUACAAGGAGGCGCAGACCCUGCACGCGCUGAGGGGCGUGCCCGGACUGCCUCGGCUGGUGGGCCUGUGCCCGGCGCCCCCCGCCCUGCUCAUGACGCGGCACGGCGACACCACCCUGGCCUCUUGGAUCGACAGCCACAUGGCCCUGAUCCCGUGCCUGGAGAUCCUCCUCGACUUAGCCGGGAUCCUGGAGGGCCUCCACAGUCAGGGAUUCGCUCAUAACGACCUCAAGGACGACAACGUGAUGCUCGACUUCGAACUGGGUCAGGUUCGGGUGACCUUGAUCGACUUGGGACUCGCGACCAAGUUCUGUCAGUGCCCGUUCAUCUACAACCGAGGCAGGAGCCGCGAUGCGCUGGAGAGCCAGAGGUCCGAGAAUCACUUCCACUUGUCGCCCGAGCUGUUCCGAGGGGGACCUGCUGCUCCGAGCACGGACAUCUACUCCUUCGGCGCCCUCGUGGAAAUGUUGAUGGAACAGCUGGAAGGGGAGGCGAUCCCUGAGGUCAAUCGCCUGAUCCAAGAGUGCACGGACACGUGCCCUCAACGGCGGCCUUCGAUUCAGGACGUCAAGAAGCGCCUGGCCCGCCUGCUCUGCGCCCGACGCGAAGGUGACCCUCGCGCCACAAGACUGCUUCGAUAG